AUGGUUCCAUAUCAACCUCUUGACUCGGCCAACGGGGAGAUUCGUCUCCUCGAUGUACAUCCAGCUAAGAAUCAAGAUGCGGCUCUUGUGUGCAAACUUCGACAUGCAUAUCUUUCAAACAACCCGGACUACGAAUGCCUAUCAUACGUCUGGGGCAGAGAAGAAGGCGGUACCGAUAUCGAUCUCGACCAAACGGCUUUUCGCGUUUUUGAGAAUUGUGAAGCUGCUCUCAGAAACCUGAGACAACCCAAACGCGUCCGAACACUUUGGAUUGAUGCAAUCUGCAUCAACCAGAGAGAUAAUGAUGAGAAGGGCGCUCAAGUUCGUCGCAUGGAGGAUAUAUAUCGGCAGGCUCGACAAGUCUGUAUAUGGCUUGGCGAACUUACUGAUGGAAGUAUCGUAGGCGUCAAGUCAAUCCAAAAGAAGUUGACAACCGGUUACUACUUGUGGAAAGUCGACCGAAAGUUUGGUAAGCCUACACUUCCGGUGCGAGAAAGCCUCAAAAACUCGAUCAGUCUACAAAACCGAUCUAGUCUUGUCGCGGCACAAGAAUUUGGCGAGAUCAACGAGCUUCUCGAUCGUCCAUGGUUCACGCGAGUGUGGAUUAUGCAAGAAGCAAUAUUGGCUCGAAAACUGGUCCUCAUAUGCGGUUCGGAGACAAUAGACUGGCAUGAUGUUGGGUCGAAAAUCAAAACCAGCUUCAUGGCUAUAAACUUUCCAAAAUGCUUUGGGCUGAAAGUAAACCCUUGGGAUUUAUUUUGCGAUGAAACAUACCAGAAGAUAUGUCACUUCCGACAUGAAUGGGAGUCAGGUGGCCGAAAUGCUAGUUUGUACCAGCUCUUAUACGAUUACCGUCAUCUGGAUUGCAAGAUGCCCCAGGAUCGGAUAUACGGUUUUCUGGGUCUUGCUCCAAUGGCUAAGGAUUUGGGCUUCGAACCGAAUUACAAUUUGGAGCCAGCGACGGUGUUUACUUCCUUUGCCAGGACUGUCAUUGAAAAAGCCAGGUCCCUCGAUGUCCUACACUGUGUCAGGGAGUGGAGAAGCUCGGGGGCCGUAUUUGAGCAAAGUCCAGCAUAUGCCUAUAGCUUGCUUGACCAGUCGCGUUACCAUGACUUGUAUGCUCUCAUCAAGGAUGCGCCAGAGCAUCCACUCAGAAGAGGUUGGGCAAGGCUGCCUCCUGGCUGGGAAAGAAUACAAGACGAAGGACAAACAUGCUACUUCCGUAAUCAUAACGAUGGAACCUACCAAGAACAGAGCCCACUGGAAGGCAAGGAACCUGUUCAAGCGCGAUAUUAUGCUGAGCAGAAGAUCCUACCAAGGGGGUGGAUCAAGAAUUGGAACAAUGUCGGUCAGGCCAAAGUGAUGUUUGCACCAGACUCCCUUACAAUCGAUUAUCACAGCAAACAGUUGAAGCGUCUUGAGAAACACGGCUUAGACAGCUUGCCAUCUUGGGUACCAAACUGGGAGGCAAGAACCGAGCACGACCCAACUCCAUUGCUCGAUUGGGCGGAUGCAUCGCCUCGAUAUUGGGCUUCGGGGAAUAUUCAAGCCGUAACCAUAGCACACGAAGAAGAUCCGAACAUCUAA